AUGAACGUGACACAGUCUCUAUUAGACGUGGCACAAUCUCUAAUGGACGUGGCACAAUCUCUAUUAGACGUGGCAGAAUCUCUAAUGGACGGGGCACAGUUUCUAUUAGACGUGGCACAAUCUCUAUUUCACGGGGCACAGUCUCUGUUAGACGUGGCACAAUCUUUAAUGGACGGGGCACAAUCUCUGUUAGACGUGGUACAAUCUCUAUUGCACGGGGCACAGUCUCUAUUAGACGUGGCACAAUCUCUAAUGGACGUGGCACAAUCUCUAUUAGACGUGGCAGAAUCUCUAAUGGACGGGGCACAGUUUCUAUUAGACGUGGCACAAUCUCUAUUUCACGGGGCACAGUCUCUGUUAGACGUGGCACAAUCUUUAAUGGACGGGGCACAAUCUCUGUUAGACGUGGUACAAUCUCUAUUGCACGGGGCACAGUCUCUAUUAGACAUGGCACAAUCUCGGGAUAUGACCCGAGACUGCCGUGACGUCAUGUCCACCAAUACCGCAGAUGGAAUCUACCAGCUGGAGUCACCGGGUGUUUCCAAUAUGACAGUGUACUGCGAUAUGACAACUGAUGGCGGAGGAUGGUUGGUCUUCCAAAGACGAGUGGAUGGGUCAACUGAUUUCUAUAGAACUUGGAAGGAGUACAUGGAUGGUUUUGGAGACCUAACCGGCGAAUUCUGGUUGGGAAACGAGAAAAUCCACCAAAUUACGAAACAGCAAAGCUACGAAUUACGGAUUGACCUAGAAGAUUUUGCAGGAAAUCGAACUUACGCAGUCUAUUCACCGUUUUCAUUGGACACCAAAGAACAGUUUUACACGCUGCACAUCGGGAAUUACAGUGGAAAUGCAGGCGAUUCCCUAACGUAUCAUGAUGCCAAUGCUUUCACUACAAAGGAUUUGGACUUGGAUCGCAGCCCAGUAAACUGUGCCAAGAUCUGUGAAGGUGCUUGGUGGUAUAAUAAAUGUUGUAUUUCAAAUCUAAAUGGAAGGUACACUACAGGCGACAUGUAUGCAGGUGUGGUGGCGUGGGACAGAUAUCUUUCUAAGAUCACGGAGAUGAAGUUAAGACCAACAUCCACCUAAGCCGCUAAAUAUUGAACAGUGUGUAUAUCAUAUGGUUUGAUAUCAAUUUUUGUUUUUUAAAAUCCUGAAUUCACUAUAAGCAUCGUCAUGAUAUGACGACUAGAUUAAUUUCUAUAUGUUUUCGAUCAUGAACAAAAAUAUAACUUUUUGUGCCGGAACUACUUUUAGACUAGUUAUGAUCGUCAAGGUUAUGUUGUAUUGUUCCAAGUUACUUGUUCUUUUAUUUCCAGUUGGUGAGUUCUAGGUGGGUUGGUCUCUGGUCAGACCAAAGUUCCGGAAUUGAUGCAACGUUUGUUUUUCUUUUUCAUGGAUUGCACAGAAAAGGCUUUAACGUCCUCUUCAUCUGCCGUGGUACACCCGCGUAGGGGCGGGACGUAGCCCAUUGGUAAAGCGUUCGCUUGAUGCGCAGUCGGUCUAGGAUCGAUCCCCGUCUGUGAACCCAUUGGGCUAUUUCUCGUUCCA